ACUAGGAAGUAGGAAGCGUCAGGAGAGAAAGACGCCAGGAAGUUCAUCCCCGCAGAGGGUCGCGGUGGAGGCCUGCAACAUCAGGCACCAAACCCGUUUCCGCAAAAGCUCGAGAAGUCUAGUUUUGAUGAAAGGGUCUGAUAGACAUGGACGAUGUACUCCAAGGCAGCACAUCCUACUCCGUACUCCGUACUCCUGAUCUUCUAUGGAGUGUGUACAGUCCACUCGCCCUCCCUGAGAAGACAUUCAGCAUCGGCGCCACUUCCCGGGCCUGCAGAAUGUGUCUUGUGCAUGGCUCUGCAGGAUCCGAAGCUUUUACGCCGUCCGUUCCGUGGGUGUUUUGACAGGGGGCUGAGGCUUGAGAUUCCCGCCGUUCUGCCAUACCCAUGUACUACGCUCUUGGUUCAUUUGGCCCCCAUCCUCCGGGCGCUUGAGACCACGACAGUGACGAUACCCCCCACAGUGCAUACUAUCGGGGCUGAAUCGUAAUUAUUCAGCCUGGAAAUAUUCCGCACUUUUCACCUCGAUA